CGUUGCUAGCGAGCAGAGUGAGUGAAUGUGGCAACCGAGAGGUUAGACAGGGAGGGGUAGACAGACAGACUGACGAGAACUGGGCUUUUUAUAGUCCUUUUUCCUUUCUUUUUCUUCUCCAACAGAGCCAAGAGUUUACACUUUAUGUGUGUGAAGCUUCAGAAGAAAGCAGGAGAACCAACAUGGAGCUAUAAUAUAUAAAACAAGGUGUUGUGUUUUAUAUAUGAACCCGACGAUGACUCUCUGGGAGGACCCGUGAAGCUUAUUUAUUACUAUUUAUUCCUCCCUUUGUUGGUGUGUUUUUGAAUCUCUUUUGAAGCUACUUUGGGAGUUUUUUUGUUAAAGAAAAAGGCUACAAGAGGACUGGAGGAUGGAGCAAGCCGGCAUCCUGAGAAAGUUUAUCCAGGGGGUGAAGGCCAUGAGCGAGGGGGACGAGGAGAGAGGAGAGGACAACUUCGGCAGCGACUUUAUGCGGUUACGGCGGUUAUCGACUAAAUACCGGACGGAGAAGAUCUACCCCACCAACGUAGGAGAGAAGGAGGAGAAUGUCAAGAAGAACAGAUAUAAAGAUAUCCUGCCAUUUGAUCACACUAGGGUGAAGCUGACGUUAAAAACGACCAAUCAGGACACAGAUUACGUCAAUGCUAACUUCAUCAAGGGUAUGGAUGGCCCAGAGGCCUAUAUUGCAACUCAGGGCCCACUGCAGAACACUGUCAUCGACUUCUGGAGGAUGAACUGGGAGUACAACGUAGCUGUUAUCGUGAUGGCUUGUCGAGAGUUUGAGAUGGGAAGGAAAAAGUGUGAGCGGUAUUUCCCGCUGCUCGGGGAGGAGCCCAUGAGUUUUGGCCCGUUCAGAAUCUCCUGUGAGUCGGAGCAGGCCAGAACCGACUACUUUAUCAGGACUUUAACGGUGGAGAAUGAGAAUGAAACCCGGAGGCUAACGCAGUUCCAUUAUAUGAACUGGCCGGAUCACGACGUCCCCUCGUCGUUCGACUCCAUACUGGAUAUGAUCGGACUAAUGAGAGAAUACCAGGAGAAUGAUGAUGUUCCUAUAUGUGUGCACUGCAGUGCAGGCUGUGGGAGGACGGGUGCUAUCUGUGCUAUCGACUACACAUGGAACCUCCUUAAAGCUGGGAAAAUACCAGAAGAUUUUAAUGUUUUUCGGUUGAUCCAAGAGAUGAGGACGCAACGACACUCUGCUGUUCAGACCAAGGAGCAGUACGAGUUAGUUCACAGAGCGAUCGCCCAGCUCUUUGAUAAACAGCUGCAGCUACUGGAGAGCCCGACCAACACGCAGAUACACGACGGCAUGGAUGAAAGCAGUCCCGAUAAAGCCACUCAACAGUCAGACGACGAGAGAUGGGACACACCGCCUCCAAAACCUCCACGCAUACGCAGUUCCCAGGCAGAAGGUGAUGUGAAGGAGGAGAUCCUCCAGCCUCCGGAGCCUCACCCCGUACCCCCCAUCCUGACCCCGUCUCCCCCUUCAGCCUUCCCCACCGUCACCAACGUACGGCAGGACAACGACCGCUACCACCCCAAACCUGUCAUACAUGUCCUGGCUACCACACAGAAUAAAGACGCGGACCAGCAGCAGAACCAGUCAGAACCCAGUCCCAACAAGCAGACCAGUCCCUCGGAGCAGAAAGACCAAGAUCUACAAAGUCGGAAACAGCAGACUCAGGUCUCAAAUCUAGAUCUCAAUGACAACUAUAACAACAAAUCCACAAAAUCCGAAUCGGGCCAAAGCCAGACUCAGACUCCCUCGUCGCCCCUCUCCCCCGCUGUUGAAUGUUCUGGUGGCCCUCGGAUCGAGAGGAAGCUGAGCAUUGAGAUUAAAAAGGUGCCGUUACAGGAAGGACUUCGUAGUUUUGACACCUCCACCUCCAUGGGAGUAGCAGGCGGAGGAGGCAGCAGUUCAGCCAAUAGCGCCGGAGCGCUGCAAAGAACCCACGCCUUCAAAGCCCGCUCCGGCCAAUCCCUGCUGACGUCGAGCUCCUCGCUGUCGGAGGACUCGGGCACGGAGGGGGGAGCGGGCGGAUGCGGGGAGAGUCAGGCUGACGGAGGCGUCCUAGCCAGACCAAACCACCUCCCCGUGAAGAGCGAGAAGGGGGAGACGCAGGGAGGUGAGAAAGUGGAGGUGAAGGCUGGCCACGCGUCGUGGGCUCAGGUCUGCAGCAGCCCGGAUAAACAGUUCCCUAAAACCUCCUCAUCAUCGUCCUCCUCAGACCGCGUCGCCCCAUCCUCGUCCUCCUCCUCCCACCUCUCGUCCUCCUCUUCCUCGUCCUCCUCUACUCCCGUUAGGACUGCCCUGAGCUUCACCAACCCCCUGCACUCCGAUAACUCGGAGGAGGAGGUGGACGGGGAGAUGUCCGGAGGAAAGGAGGGCUAUCGUACUAAUGUAUCCACGGCGACGGCCAUGGUAACCACAUCCCCUCACCACGGAGACCAGCAGCCGGUGCGGAAGGUGGUGCCCAUGUCGAUCGCGGGGCAGUGCUCUCCGUCAACAAACUGCUGGGACAGCGAUGACUCCCCUCCCCCCCUCCCUGCGAGAACCCCCGAGUCCUUCCUGCUGGCCACAGACCCUCUGGAUGGUAAAACGUCGGCCUCGGCUGAAUGGAGCGGUUCAAAUAAAGAUGUGUCAGAGUGCGUUAAGAAGACAUCUCCAGCUGACCCUGCAUCUGCUGGCACCACGGCAACAGACAGCAAGGCAGACCUGGGGUUCGGUAACCGCUGCAUUCAGCCCAAAGGCCCUCGGGAACCCCCCCUGGAGUGGACAUGAUGGGACGAGACAUCCGCCUGUCCACCAACCAACAGUGUCCUCCCUCUUCAGGAGAUGGACUCUACCGAUCUCACCUGGCUGGUCCAAAAACCUAUAGCUGAUAGAUGCUACACAGACAGACAGCACAGUUUUACAUAGAAACUCCUUCUGUGUAACUCUGUGCCACACCUCCUCCUCCUCCUCCUCCUCCUCUUCCUCCUCCUCUUCCUCAGUCCUUCCUUCAAAGUGCCACUGUGCAAAGCAGAAGAACACUUACUGGUCAAGUGGCGUGUCCACAUUUUUCCUGCUCAGCUUGCUGAUGUUAGAGUAUUUCACUUCUCUAGACGCUGACCUGGGAUCAGUCUGGUUAUUUUCCUGUUAAUGGUUAAAGAAUAAUUCCUGUUUUUUCCCCCCCCUGUUUUAGUGACUCAAGAGUCGAUUAAAAAAAGGUUUUCUCUCUCUCUUGCUUUAGACGUAUCAUGAAAAUGUGUGAGGCUAAAUAAAGAGAGAUGUUAAAAAGUAUUUUUCUUUCAUGCCAAAUGAGAAAAAAAAAGUUUUUCAUCAUAAAUCAGGAAUUAUCUUUAAUCAGAAAAAGCUACUGUGGAAAGCUGAUUCCUCCCAGAAGGUGUCUGCUUCCUCCUACAGAAUGAACAACAAUCUUCAAAGCGAACCUAGAUAAUCUGUUACCCAUGAUGCAACCUUUUCUGUUGGGUAUGUACAGGUUGCCAGGGUGCUCUCUCUCUAUCUCUCUCUCUCUCUCUCUCUCUCUCUCUCUCUGUCUCUUUCUGUGUGCUGGUGCUACAUUACAAAGGAUCAGCAUAGAAACAGAAGCACCGGAGCUGAUUGUUACCAACCUUUAACUGUUUCUCACCUCCGUCGUGGUUUCUUGUAGGAUUUAUUCCUGUUAGCUGCAGUCAUUUCAGCUCUCGUGCUUUAGAUUUCUAUGCUGACCUCCCUGUUUUACCAGAGUCAUAGACUGACAUAGUUUGGUCAUUGCAGUGGUCGGUAGCAGCAGCCAUGUUGGCUCCAGAGUCCUGAUCUGUGGCUGGAAUUGUUCCACAUUUUUGGGAAACCACUCUCAUCUGUAUGUAGAGCUGGAGACAGAAACCGCUUAACUUAACUUAACUUAACUUAGCUUAGCUUAGCUUAGCAUAGCUUAGCAUAAAGACUGGAAACCGGUGAAUUGUUGUUUUCACACUUCAGUCUUUGCACUGAUUAGAUAAAUAACAUGUGACGCACUAAUUAGUGAGUUGUAGGAGUAUGGGUAGUACCGUUGAACAGAGCCCAGCUAGCUUUUCCCCCCUGUUUCUAGUCUUUAUGCUAAGUUAAGUUAACCAGCUGCUAGCUGUACCAUCUUGUUUACUGUAUAGACAUGAUGAGUGUGGUAUCGAUCUUCUCGUCUAACUCUCUGCAACAAAGCAAACAAGCGUAUUUCCCCAAAAUGUCAAACUGUUCCUUUAAAAUAUCUGCUAAUUCUGUAAUCAUCACGUUGUCAUUUUCAUGUGGCGUUAGAAAACAAAGCUAAAUGCAAAGAUACUGAAAGUUUAACCAAAGAGUGAUGUUCCCUUCUCAAAUAUUUCACAAUAAAAUGCAGUUAGACAAGUCAGAAACAUGUGUGACACCUGUAACAUAUAACAUUUAAAGCAGAAUUCCCAACUGUAUGUCCAAGAAUUCCGCUUUUUUUCCAGCCACAACAGGGUUCAAAUGACCUUAAAAACACAUCAGUAAUGGCCAAACUCCUCCACUCUGUGACUCUGGCUCUCACUGCUGGGACCAUGAGCCUGCCUUAGUCUGCCUCUCAGAGAAGACAGCCAAUGACAGUCCUCCUUCAUUCUUCACACUCUUGGUUGUUACUUGGGACUCAAAUUUGCUGUUUAUUUCCUCGGUAGUGUCCCUUUUUUCUGUUUUUGUACCUUUUCUGUUCUCAUUCUCUUCCUGUUGGAUGAACGACCAUGCAAGUCUUUUUUUUUUUUUUUUUUUUUACUUUAGCAGCCAGUUUACUCACAAUAAACCUCCAGUGUUUCGGAGCAGCAGUGUUACACAUCACCUGAAACUCUUACAGGACUUUACAGAUUAAUAUAAAGUCUGGUUUCCCAUAACAACCGCUUCUGUACGAAUCAGACUUGUGUGGUUUUUCAUCUGAAAUCAUUCUGUACCUGCUUCUGUAUAUGUGAGACAAUGAUGAUAGGGACCCAGGACUACUGUUUUCUCCUUAUUCCUCUCUGCUAACUCCAUUAGCUACCAUAACUACACAGUAUAUGCAUUGUUUUAUAAAGAUAAAAACUGUACAGGGCAGUUUAGGUAUAUAAUAUUUCAGAUUUUUUUUUUGUUAUCUCUUAAAUAUUCUUAUUAACAGAAGAUGUAAGAAAGUCAGUGCAUGAUGAUGAUGAUGAUGAUGAUGAUGAUGAUGAUGAUGAUGAUGAUGAUGAUGAUGAUGAUUCCUCCCCUACACAGUGUUUCCCUUCAAACUGUAAAUUAUUCUGCUGCCCUUUUUUUUUUUUUUUUUGCAAAUAUUUCAGGGUUGUUUUUAUUUUUUAUGUUGGAGUUAUAUGCUUAUAAAAGAUUGAAAAAAUUGUGUUUUAAUUAAUUGGCAGAGGAAAAAGCGUUGACUGCCAGCCGGCCCCCUUUCACAUAGAUACAACGGGCUUCGGAUAAGAUUGUAAUAAUAAUAUUAAUGAUGAUGAUAAUAAUAAUAAUGAUGGUUGUUUUUUUUGUAAAUGGUAUUUUAAAAGUUAUUUUUGUAUACGCGGUUGUUUGUUGCAUCACACUGCUCCCCACCCAAACCCCCACUCCUUUCUUCUCUUCUCACUUUUUUAUUUUUCACCCUUUUUUUUACACUUUAUUUCUGUCUCUCAGCUCUUUAAAUGUCGAACAUGCAACAGAGAUGGAUCUCCUGCUCUGGACGAGGAGCGUCUCAUUAUUUUUUCCCCGCUUCCUUCAUACUUCCCCCGCUGUUUUCUCUCUUUUAUCCCUCUCCCACCCUCCUCUCUGCCUUUUUAAUUUUUUAAAAGGCUGUCGUUUUCAACACGUCUAUGUGCCAGCAGAUCGGCUCACUUCAGUAACGCCUCUCUUACUUGUUGGAGGUUCAAAGUAACAAAAUAAUACGCCCGACUAAUAGACAUGCUGAGAAAAAAACAGUCUUUUAAACUUUACUUGUUUUUCCCAAUCCUCCAUUUCUUUCUGUUUAUCUACCUAACUGACCCCCGUCACAUGCACACUAGCCUCGAUCUCAGAAAAGAGCCCACCUGUGCCUUUAAGUGAGAGCCCGCCCUCCCUUUUCCCCCUUCUCCUCCAAUCAUCAUCAGCGGCGUGAGCGUGAACGAUGUGAUUCGCUGCUGCUUGCUCAUCGCCUCUUGUGGGACUCUCGUUCAGCCCCCCCGCCACACACAAACACACACACACGUACACACACACUUCUUGCCCCUCCUUACACACACACACACACAAAAUGUUUGUAUGUUGCAGAAAUCAAUCAGUAAAAAUGAACAUUAAGUAAA